AUAUAUCAUAGAUAUAAGAUGGAUGAUAGAUAUUACACACUUAUACAGUAAUUCCCCUUCCCUUUAGCACACAAGCAGUUAAUUCUGCCUCCAGCCAAUAGAACCCUCCAUGUUGCUGCUGGUAGCGUAGCCCACAUCUGUGCCCAGCAUAUGACACAGUGUACAGAGCUGUGCAGAUGUAGUGGAUGGUAAGAAGAGAUGCCCCCGGCCCCUGCCAGCCACCGGAGACAGAAGGAACCAAACUUAUUCCAAGACACCACAAGGAACAGCAGAACAGAGAACUGGAGAAGGAAUGAGCUAACUCCUCCUGGAAACUGCGAGCAGCGCUGAGCACAGAUCUGCCUUCUCCUCAUCACAUGGAGAGGAGUGAGAGGCAGGAGAGAAGGGGCUGACACUGGGAUUAUCAGCUGGAGGGCAACUGAAUGCCCCCCACCCUCCUCCAGCAUCUCUCUCCUCCUCCAGCCACCCUGGACCACAGCAGACCCUGGACUACAACAACCAGCAUCAACACUCACAGCAUAUCCUGGACUACAACAAGCACCGGCAUACAGCAGCAGGACCAGGCAUCCAUGUGUGGAAGGAACUAUUUAACCCUUUAUCUCCUGGAGUGAUUUCCCCCCCCCUUGGACAGAAGGAUUAAUUUUUUUCUCUUUAGAAUCUAGUGGUAAAUCUUGAGAACCUGAGGAUUUUUAAGGGUUUAGGAGGCGAGAGACUAUUUCUGAUCCCAGAUCUGCACAUUUACAUAGUAACACAGUUCAUAAGGUUGAAAAAAGACCAGAGUCCAUCAAGUUCAACCUAUAACCCUAAUGAGUCCCUACUGAGUUGGGACUCAUUACCUCCGUAUGAAGAUGAGGAGUAAAGGUAGGAAAGAUAACCUCUCAGAUUCAAGAGAUCUGGAUGGAUCGUAUGAUCAGCUUACUGGGAAUGUUCCCAGCCAAAAUAAAAAAGCUUUUAAGCAGCGAAUCCUCAAACUGUUACCCUGCUGCGGUGCUAACACCACUCCCUCAGUCAGUGAAAACAGUGUAGAGGAUGAGUUUGAGUUGUCCACCGUUUGCCAUCGUCCUGAGGGACUGGAGCAACUACAAGAACAAACCAAAUUUACCAAAAAAGAACUUCAGGUUCUGUACAGAGGCUUUAAAAAUGAAUGUCCGACCGGCAUCGUCGAUGAAGAUAAUUUCAAGCAGAUUUACUCCCAGUUUUUCCCACAAGGAGAUUCAAGCAUGUACGCACAUUUUCUAUUCAACGCAUUCGACACCGAUCACAAUGGAUCCGUCAGCUUUGAGGAUUUUGUAGCGGGAUUGUCCAUUAUCCUACGAGGGAGUAUAGACGACAAACUCAACUGGGCCUUCAACUUGUACGACUUAAAUAAAGAUGGCUGCAUCACUAAAGAGGAAAUGAUGGACAUCAUGAAAUCUAUAUAUGACAUGAUGGGCAAGUAUACAUACCCAAACAUGCGCGAGGAAGCUCCGCGGGAACACGUGGAGAAUUUUUUUCAGAAAAUGGAUAGAAAUAAGGACGGUGUUGUAACCAUUGAAGAAUUCAUUGAAUCAUGUCAGAAGGAUGAAAACAUUAUGAGAUCGAUGCAGCUCUUUGACAAUGUCAUUUAGAAAACCCACAGUCUUCAAGAUUUUCUUUAUUUAUUUUUUUUGUUUUCUUUUCUCAAGCUCACACUUUUACAAAGACAAUAAGGAUGCACAACUACCCGCGUGUGCGUCCGACGCAAACUAAUGCAAACUUAAUCUUUGUAUGAUGUCCUGGCUGUUGUAAACACUGAAACACUUAAAGGAGCUGAUCCCUCACUUGAAGAUUCCAAAGGUAUCAUCGACUAAUAGCACUAGGAUUCUUCCACCUUAAGACCUUCAUGAUGGGAGCAGUCGCCUCCGGCGAGGACCUUUUGUGGAGAUUUUGAAAGCUCUAUAGUAACUUCCAGCUGACUUCCGAAAACCAGGGAAACCUUAGAAACUUCUUGCAUUUCUUUUCUUUCAGAUGAUAGUAGUAACGGGACAGUAUCGAUAUUCACUUAUCACACAGCGCAUCUUAAUGGACAACAUGUCUUGACCUGGUUCAAGUCUUCAAAGGAGAUACUUUGGCCAAGUGACUUUAAAUUGAUCCACCUAAAUUAUUAUGUGGUCCUUCACAUUUUGCCAUAACAUGAGAAUGAAGAUUUUGGGGUGGGGUUACUCUAACUAACCCUGCUUUUGUCAACCCUUUUGUGGGCCUAUUGGCAAGUAUGCCAUAGUUCUUUGAAUGCUGCCUACAAUUAUUUGUGGAAUUACAAGGAUCGGCGUGACGAUACGGUCAUUUUAUACCAGGUGAAAAAGGUGAAAUCCAACUUGAGUCAUCUUUCACGCCUUAUAGGUCCCAAAAUAAAGAAGUUACUCAA